AUGGGUCUGGUCUACGCACAACAUUUCAGGACGUCCAGCGCUGGACAGGACGCCCCAACUGCUUCAAGAAACUCGUCGAUUGCUUCCAGGUCGUCUGGAUCGUCAGGGUCCGUUUUUAACUCCCCCAGAUCGUCGGUAUCCUCAGCUACAAGCUGCCCCCACCUUUUCGCCACAAAUACAUUUGUGCCAACUCGGAUUCUCCGCUGUAAGCAAUGUCACAACCACAUCUGCCUCACGUCGCUGAUCAUCUCAGAUAACUUCACAGGGAGUUUGGGGGCAGCAUUCUUUGUCUCCAAGGUAUUAAACGUCAAACUGUCAAAAACAAGAGAUUUCAAGAGAAUGAAGACAGGCCGGUACGAAGUGAAAGGUAUCAGCUGCAAGCAAUGCGACAGUACACUGGGAUGGAAGUAUCUCUACAGUGAAGAGGAUAAAGAAAAAUAUAAAGAGGGUAGGUUCGUUGUUGAAAGAAAGCUAUUGGAAGAGGUUGACAUAUAG